AUGAACGGUGGAGCAAGCAUCCACCUCACGCCCAUCGCAGUCGCUGCGGCAGCACCUCGUCCACAAGCUGCUCGACCUACUCCGGCCGAGAUAGCAGAAUGGAGCGUGCACCCAAGCCGCACACCGGUCACAAGGGAAGUUCUCAACUCCGCAAUGUGCACCGUUCAAAAGCAACUCAAAUUGCAGACCGGGCUGGCAGGUGAAUGGACCCCAGAAGCCACGGCACGGCUCCGGGAGAACCUUGCCAAGCCGAAGAAGGGUUCGAGCGGCGCCAGCACUUGGAAGGAGACAUUGCGUGGGGAGAUCAAAGAGUUGCUUGAAGCAAUCCAAGUGCACCAGGAGAUUGAGGAAGAAAAUGAGGAAUUAAAGGCAGAAGUGCAGGAUCUCACCCCGCUCAUCAAAGUCUGUGACAGCCUCCGUGAGAAGAUCGACCGCUUGGAGGAGGAAAACCUUUACCUCAGACAGAUGCUGACUGGCUAG